AAUCCUGUGCCAAUGUCAAAUAAGUUUUUAAAUAGAGCUAUUAGUUUCGGGCUAAAUUAGUGAUUAUUUCGUUUAAAAAUUAACCUUCUAAAAAUAUAUAUAUAUAAACAGUACAAGUAAUGGGAAAUGCUGGAAGUAACCACACGAAAGAAUGGAAUCGAGAUAUAUCUAAACCUCCUGAUGUUGGUCCGUCAUCGCCAGGUCAUAAGGAAGGGCAGGUUUUUACUUUUAACAAAAAGUUAGAUGAUGAUCGUUGCGGACGAGAAGAUGAUAAUAACAUCGAAGAUGGUGCUCCAUAUUACACGAAGGCUGUUCCUGAAAGUGACAUUGAGUACAAUACGUCACGGGAAAGGUCUAAUACACUGACUGACAGCACUAAAAUUGUAGACGAUGUUAAAGUACUGCCUACUGUUUUUAAAUGGGAAGGCGGAGGCAAACAAGUAUAUAUUAGUGGGACUUUUACUGAUUGGAAAACAAUCCCUAUGGUAAAGUCUCAUGGUGAUUUUGUCACUAUAAUAGAUUUGCCAGAGGGAGAACAUCAGUACAAAUAUUUUGUUGAUGGUGAAUGGCGUCAUGAUCCUACUGUGAAAUUGAUAGAUAAUGGAAUGGGUUCAAAAAAUAACUUAGUUACAGUAAAAAUGUCUGAUUUUGAAGUGUUUCAAGCUUUAGCUAAAGAUAGUGAAGGUAUUCAUAGCAGUGCACAGACAGAAUAUUCACAGGAAAUUCCACAAUCUAAACCUUGGGACAAAGUAUCAGGUCCUCCAAUAUUGCCACCACAUCUAUUGCAAGUUAUUUUAAAUAAAGAUACUCCCCUUUCGUGUGAACCAACAUUAUUACCUGAACCAAAUCAUGUGAUGUUAAAUCAUCUUUAUGCCUUAUCAAUCAAAGAUGGAGUGAUGGUGCUAUCAGCUACACACAGAUACAGAAAGAAGUAUGUCACUACACUACUGUAUAAACCAAUAUGAAUUGCAAUUAUUAAACAUCAAAUCCAAAAUAUUAGAUGCUACUUAUAAUAUUAGAGACAAAAUAUGUAAAAAGUGUUAUGUAAAUUUGAAAUCCAAUGACUAAUGGAGCUAAACAAUCUUAAGGACAACUUUAUUGAAGGCAUGUAUUAUUGAUAACUAUUUUUAACCCAAAUAUUGUGAUCACUUUGUAUGAAACAUACUGUAUGCCCUUUUCAUAUGGCAGUCCCAAGCAAAAUGGCGGGUAUGCGGCAUGCCCGUCAUUUUGCUCACAAGAGUCGUUCAGUUCAAUAAUAUAAUUGUCGUAUUUUGGAAUGUUGAACUAUUUCUGAGUUACACUAUGUAUGCCUGUGAUGUAAAAUUAUACUUUAGUGUUUAUACACACAGCUUUAAAAUAUUUACAGCGAAUAGAGAUUGCAACACAUAAUUAAUCUAGAAGGCUUAAAAUAAAAAAAGAAAAUAUAUUUUUAAUUUAAUAAUUAAAUUAUAUUUUACACAAUUAUAAUUAAUAAACAAUACAUCACUACUAUUCUAUGAUAUAAAAGUACCGACUCGUUUAUCGUCAUAGCGGUAUUUGAGUUCUAUUAAUAAUUCAUGCGAUACAUUUCGUCAUAUUGACUCCGUUGAAGUUUGAAAUAAUCAGAGUAUGUUCGGAAUGUUCGCAUUCAAAUAACUCCGGUGCUAGUUGUGUCGUGACAGUCGUUAAUCGAGUGCAUAUAUAUGGCGUGUGAUCUGUAGUAUUGUAUAGAGUCCUGAAGAUUCUGUGAUUUAUUACAAUACAUUUAGUCGCGCUGAUAACAUCAUAUUAAUGGACUAGUAGUUUCAUUAGUGAAUUGUAACUGUAAUUCAUGUAAAAGACUUACUCCUCUCCCCCUGUUCUAAGGUAUAUUGUAUAGAAAUUAAACUACGUAUAACUAAAACUCCUUUCUAAUAACGAUUAAACAAUUUAUAAGCUUCAUAAAAAGAAUGGUGCUGAGCAUUAUAUUCCUCUGCUUUCCAAGCUCGUAAUGUGUAUCCGUCCGGUCGUAACGUCUAUCACUGUAGAUACUGUUUUACGAAGUUAUACCGAGUGCAUUUAGUCCGAAUAUAUUCUGUUUUUCUAGACAAGCGGCAAACGGAUCUUUGAUAAAUACGUUCCUGUAAAGUAUUUACGAGAAAGAAUAAAAAGCUGAUUAUCUUGUGACUUACUUAGGGAGUUAUUAACAAUUAUAUCAUAAAUAUAUAUAUAUAUAUAUAUUUAUAUAUAUAUAUAUAUAUAGUUAUAAAUUAUUAACACGGCUUUUAUUGUUAUGGGCCCAGUAUUUAAUAAAGCGGCGAUUAUCACAAAUAAUACGAGUAAAGAAUUGUAAUAUAGUAAUCAGAGUAUCCUGUUAUUAUAUAUAUUAUGUAUAUUCCUGUUAUUAUGUAUAUUCACCAUCUUAAGAUACUUUUAGACAGAGGUGGAUUAUACCAAAGGCAAACUAGGCACGCCCCUAGAGGCGCGAGGUCACAAUGAAGAGCGCGGAAUUU